AUGGACCCAUUCUACAAAGCUCAAGAAAUCAACGAUAACUUUAAUGUCAUCAACGAUGCCAAGGCCAAGACGUACAAGAUCGAGGAUCGCAAGCUGGCUCAAAGAAAAAGAAUCAAAGCAAAAAUUUCCUUAAGUAAUGAAAACUUACUCCUGCGGGGAUGCAUUCUGAAAAACACUGACUUUAUCGAGGGAAUCGUGGUUUAUGCAGGUCAUGAGACAAAGGCGAUGUUAAACAACCGUGGUCCCAGAUACAAGCGCAGUAAGCUGGAGCGGAAGAUCAACCAGGACGUCAUCUGGUGUGUCAUACUCUUGCUCUUCCUCUGCUUCUUCUGUGCCAUUGGUAGUGGAAUCUGGCUGUCCAACUUCAAUGGCCUGACAGACAACACCAACUAUGUGCCCUUCAUUCCAUUUGGUGACCUUGACAAGUUCAACCCUGUCUACCAAGGAUUCAUCGUCUUCUGGACCUACAUCAUCAUAUUUCAGACAGUGAUCCCCCUUCCCAUGUACGUCUCCCUGGAGUUGGUGAAGAUUGCCCAGGUGUACUUCAUCAACAACGACAAUGAUGUUUACCAUGAACCCUCCAACAAACGUCUGGAAUGUCGAGCCCUCAACAUCACCGAGGACCUGGGACAAAUAGAGUACAUCUUCUCCGACAAGACCGGAACACUGACGGAGAACCUCGUGGAAUUUAAGACCUGUACGAUUGGUGGAGUUGACUACCCUCAUAUGCCAGGUGAUGAGGAAAGUGGCUUUGGCAGCCAAAUGUCCAUCGCGAGGAAUGAGGAAUGUUGUAAGCGACUAGUGUCAGCUACAGUGACGUCAGCGCAGAUCCUCAAUCAGCCUGAUGUAUCAACGCUGAGGACUGACGAUCUUCCCAUGGGUCCCGUCGCUACCAACGCAGAUAGGGCAGCUACUACAACUUCGCAGACCAUCCCGGGCAACCUGGUUCAACAGAUUAUGAAGUUGAUGGAAGACCGCUAUGGAAUGGAAAAGAUACAACCAGCCCAGGACCUGAGCCUUCGCGAAGGCUCCACCGCAGACGUCAGCCCUGAGGGACCCCCCAUCAACGCCGUUCUCCACGUCGAUCACCUCGCCAUUCACCUCGUUGAUCGCCUCAUAGGACCUCCACGUAGAUCACCACGCAGGUCACCUCAUAGAUCAAUACGUCGCUCGACUCAUAAGCCUUCGCAAAAGUCUUCAGUCAGGUCUCCUCACACAUCGCCAUGCACAGCUGUUCAAGUAUACAGAACUCCACCUCAGUCACCAUCAGAAGAGUAUCAUCGGCCUCUUACCAACGCUCCGGAUACCGAAGAUGAUGGAGGCAUCAUAUUCUCCGACGCAGAGAUACGCUAUUGGAUGGCCAACAACCUGGACCUGGCUUUGCCAUCUGAAGAAAACAACCCAGCUCACACCUAUCUCAUGAGGGAGGACGACGCAGACACGAUCACCCUACCUCCGAUUGACCCUAUAGCAACGGUUCAACAGAACUUGGAUAAAGCUUUCCAAACAGCCACUAAAACUCAGGCGCCGCACUUACCUCAGUUCAACGCCAAGAAGUUCUUUGCUCAUAACAUGGACCCAUUCUACAAAGCUCAAGAAAUCGACGAUAACUUUAAAUUCAUCAACGAUGCCAAGGCCAAGACGUACAAGAUCGAGGAUCGCAAGCUGGCUCAACGUCAUCAAGCAGACAUCACAGAGAUACUCCGGAAGAUCGAAGUUCACUGGUUUACAGAGAGCACGGGACAGGAAGAUGGCCGGAUCCAGAGGUGGAAAGGACGCUUUUCGCCACCCAUUUGGCAACUACAGUGGAGGAUCUGGAAGAGGCAGGGCACCCAGAGGCUCCCGCAACUAUUGACGAUGAAAGCAACGGCAGCCAGAGUAUCAGAAAUCCACGCUCUAGACUACGAGAGAACAUGUUUUGAUGAGAAUCAAAACACAGUGCAUAUGGGACUGCGAUGGGAGUUUAUCGACCAAGAAUCAAAUGCCAGACGUGCUGCAGAUAGGUCUAGACGGGUUGGUCCAGUCAUGGAUAAAUCAGCGGAGUCCCUCACCAGUCAACUGCUGUCUGACGACCUCCUUCCGUCUGGUGUUCCGCUGGAAUUUCCCUCUGAGGAGAGGCGUGGGACGAAGUCUGCCACCUCCAAGAAGAGACCUGCUACUCCGGACAUCCCGUCGUCUCAGCCUAAGACUCGGAAAUCGUCAACCACCCGGCGCAGACUCCGCACCCCCAGGGCAUCAACCACCACCACGGGGGAAAUCGUCGAGGGAUUCGCCGAGACAUUCGCGAACCCACAGUCGCUCAUCUCCGCGCAGGUCACCCUACAGGCGCAGUUCGCCGGGCCACUCACCAUGCCGAUGUCCAUGCAGGUCUCCGCGCAGUUCACCACACAAGUCUCCGCGCAGGUCUUCGCGGAGGUCUCCGCGCAGGAUGAUGAUGUCAACACGAUCACUCUCCCUCUGAUUGAUCCCAUCGCAGCGGUCCCAGAGAACCUGGAUGCAGCCUUCAAGUCAGCCACAAAAGCCCAGGCGCCGCAUCUACCACAGUUCAACGCCAAAAAGUUCUCCUUCCACAACAUGGAUCCAUUCCUGAAGAUAUAUGAGAAUCUUCCGAUGGAGCCCGCCCUGAAGAGGGAGCUGUCCAACAUGUGUCUGCGGAGCCUGGACAGUGUGGAGCGGACCAUCCCAGAGCAUGUGAAGCGAGUGCAGGAGUUUUUCCUGCUGAUGGCCGUCUGCAACACAGUCAUGGUAUCGCAUCACCCACAUCAGGACGAGCGGACUCGAUAUGAAGCUGAGAGUCCAGAUGAACUUGCUUUGGUCAAGGCGGCUAGUACCUACGGCUGUCGGUUGCUACAACGUUCUCCAGAGAGAGUGUCAGUGUUUUUACCAGGCGACGGGGAAGUGGAGUUUGAGGUGCUCCAUAUUCUCAGCUUCGACUCAGUCCGCAAGCGAAUGUCUGUGAUCAUCAAGCACCCAGAAACAGAGGAGAUAACUCUGUAUGUCAAGGGAGCUGACUCUUCAAUACUCAGUGUCCUUGACAGAAAAUUCAGAAUGAAUGAUACGGAGGAGAAGGCUGUCCGAGUGAAAACAGAGGAGCACAUUACGGAUUAUGCUAUGAAAGGACUGAGAACACUCUGCAUGGCAAAACGGACAUUAAGUCAAGAAGUCUAUAAAGAUUGGCUCAAGAUGCAUCAGGAGGCGGAGUCUUCGCUGGAGGACCGUGAGAUAAAGAUUCGUGACUCUGCAUGUCGGAUAGAAGAGGAACUUGAUCUACUGGGUGCUACUGGUAUUGAGGACCGACUUCAGGAUGGUGUGCCGGAGACGAUAGCAAAACUACGGAAGGCAGGGAUCAACAUUUGGGUGUUGACAGGAGACAAACAGGAGACAGUUAUUGAGAUUGCCUUUGCCAGCACAUUGUUCCGCCUGAAUCAGGAACUAGUCACCCUCAAUAGCAACACACAGGAGGAAGCAAAAGACUUGAUCGUCCAUCACACUGAACAGAUCAACCUGAACCGGCCGUCACCAUCCCGAGACGGCCUACCUGCCAAGGAGAAGGAGUAUGCUCUAAUCAUCGACGGAAAGACGCUUGCCUUUGCCUUACAUGACAACUCUUCCAAGAAGGCUUUUCUGAAUCUCACCAAGAAGUGCAACUCUGUUGUCUGUUGCCGAGCAACGCCUAUACAAAAGGGACAUGUCGUCAAACUUGUGAAGGAAGAGUUGAAGAAGCUCACAUUAGCCAUUGGUGACGGAGCUAACGAUGUCAGCAUGAUCCAGACAGCUGAUAUUGGUAUCGGAAUCUCAGGCCAGGAGGGCAUGCAGGCUGUCAUGUCCUCUGACUUUGCCAUUGCAAGGUUCAAGUAUCUCGAGAGGCUGCUUCUUGUCCAUGGUCAUUGGUGCUAUAACCGACUGAGUAAAUUUGGAGCCUUCAUGUUCUACAAGAGUUUGAUGUCGGUGAUGACGCUCUUCUGGUUCCAAUUCUUCAGUGGUUUCUCCGGCUCCCUUAUGCUGGACAGUAUCUACAUGAUGCUGCUCCACCUUAUCUUCACAUCACUGCCUCCCAUUGUCAACGGCAUCUUUGACAAGGAUGUGACGGCCGAGGUGCUGCUGGAGAAGCCGGAAUUGUACAGCGUUGGCCAGAAAGGGGAGAUGUACACUAACUGGACAUUCCUGAUGGUCCUCCUGGAUGCCAUUUAUCAGAGUGCUGUGCUGUACUUCAUAGCUCACCUAGCCUACACAGCAGAGAAUGCUGGAAUAUGGGAGUACGGUACGACGAUCAUGACAGCACUUAUCCUCAUUAUUCUGUUGCAUCUUGUGAUAGAAACCAACUCCUGGAUCUGGAUCCAGAGGCUUAUCCUCAUCAUGACCUUCCUCUCCUUCUGGGUGAUUGCGGUCGUCUCUAAUGCCAUCUUUUUCACAUGGGACCAUCCUUCAAACCCCUACUGGGUGAUGGAGAAUACGAUAUCCACGCCCAUCCACUCCUGUGUCGUCAUCAUCAGCUGUGUGGUAGCUCUCUUACCAAGACUCUGCAUCCGAGCUAUACAAGCAACAGUCUGGCCUAGUGCCAUCAUGAAAGUCAAACAGCUCGAGAAGGAGCUUAUAGAUUGUGACCAGCAGACCACAAUCACCACGGAAACAACCAUCAGGGAGGCAGUGGACAAUUCUCCUGACUCCGCCCGUAAAGGAGGCAACCCACAGCUGAACAAAUUAAGUGUCGACUACAGACAGCGAGUGCGCGAGCGGCACAAGUUCCCCUCUGACCAAACAGUGGACAGUGUCAGCCCUAUAUGA